AUGCCAUCGUCAGGUGUUUGUUUAGACGUCGCCAUCGACCAUCGUAUAAGGCAGCUACUCCAGCCAGCAAUCAACAUCGAGGCGAAUCCUUUUGACGGUAGGCACCUGGAAAAGCUUGAGCAGCUGCAUCAAUCUGUCCAUGACAAGGAGGUGGAUGCUUUUGAUGAAUUGCUAGUCACAAAAGAACUUGCAAAACCUCUUAGCAAAGGAGGCCUUGUUGUCGCUUUAACACGGCCGGCCAGUAACCACCCGUUUGCAGACGGGGUCGAGGUAGUGGUUGAAGAAUCUCCUACUUUGCGGGCACUUAGAGAUGUGUUUGCGCUUCUUGGUUUAGAUUUGAUCAAUCAGGUCACAGUUCUCGAUUCUCUACCAUUUUGGACACAACAAGAUGGAGAUAAAAUGCUGAGAAACGACGAGCAGAGAUAUAUCACAACUCUCAAGGAACAUUAUGAAGUUUUUUUAGAGGCUGUGGUGGCAAAGCAACCGGAUGUUGUGCUUUGUAUGUGGAAACGAGAGGGAGAGCCUCAAGAAAACUGGUCUGGCUAUGAUAUCCAACGCCGGCGUGUGGGUGAAUCAUUCGCUAGUGCAGAGGUGACUCUAUACGAUCGCCAAGGAAAUCGUAUUGAAACAAAGAGGGUGAACGCCUUCCACCCUGGCUAUUGCAUGAAUCGUAAUCCAGAGUAUAGCCAAUUCAGGCAGCUCCUCAUUCUGGAGAUUACGCAUGCAUGUAGCCUAAUGAGUGGAGGCUGGCGUGAAGAAUCCUGGAUGUCAGAGUUGAGGCAGAGCUGUAAGGAUAAAGCCUGGCCAUUGUAUUUCGGUAUAGAUGGGAAGAAAGCAGGCGUUAAGUUGCACUCCGAAUAUGCCAGCGCUGUGACCAAAAUCCAAGAUCUAAUCCCAGUGCUGGCGUCAGGCAAGUACGACUGCAGCCGUCACUUUUUAAAAGAGGCGGCUCUAUAUCACACAUUGAUAGAUGCCAAGUGGACAGAGCAUAUGAAUGAUGCAUCUCUCUGUCUCAAAACUGCUGCUCGAGAGCUCAAAAGAGACAUUGUCGACUUUCAGGACACAAUCGGCCCCCAGGGAGACAUGGCUUGUCAGACCAUGGGGCUCGUUAUGAGUCUCGGUAUGCAGUUUAGGGGCUCGGAAAAGAUGGAGGUGAGAGACGCUCAAGGUCGUGGUUUCUUCUCGGAAACAUUUACGAAUUCCGUUCAAAACGAAAAGUCAUUUACUACUUCUUCUUCUUGGUUUUCAAAUCGAGCUCUAAAGAGACGCAUGGUGAAGUUCCUACUCGGACUUAACAACGCCUUUUUAGAUGCAAAGGAGGCAGACGAUAUCCAAGGCCCGAUUCGAUUUCAACUGUCUCUCGAUGGUGCUUCCAAGGCUUUCUUGACCAUGGCAUGUGGAAUGGAGGAUUUGCUGGGCACUUUAGCAGCAUAUUUGGGGGAAUUGAAAGUGGCAAAGUCCAAUACCGAACAACACGCUGAACCAGACGAUGGCAAGUCGCAAAUUGAAGCUGCAGGAGAUGUGUCUGAAGAAUCCACUACGUUGGUGGGCGAUUUUGAAGGGUUGGCACUAUAG